AUGAACAAACCAGAUUCCUCCAAAGAAGUCUCACACUCAAACUCAAAAAUCACUAGUGAUCCAAUGGAUAUAUGGAGUUCAAUCUUGAAUCAAAAGAACAAAGAUGAAGCUUCACAACUCAAAACGCCUCCUUAUAUUCACCCACUUGUCAAAAAAUCAAAAAGUUAUUUAAAUGAAAAGAGUCUUGAAAUGUGCACUGAGUGUCUUGGAUCAGAAACUGGUUCAGAUUGGUUCUCUUCUUCUUACACAUCAUCACCAUCCUCUGAGGAUGAUGGAAAAAUGAAAACAUGUUAUAAUGAUGAUAAUCCAAAAGUCAUCAACAAUCAUUCUUUGAAGAAUAAGAAAAAGGCUGGGCGUAUUCCUCCUCCACUUCCUUCACUGAGUAGUCAAAGUCAACAACUCCAAAUGAGGUCCCACCGUGACAAUGGAAGAUUGUUUUUGUUCCUACAAAUUGUGUCGGUUCCUUCACAAAACAACUUCAUCGCUACGAGACAAAAUGGUCGCCUUAUCCUCACCUUUGCUAUUCGCGAAGAAGAAGAAAUUUUUGAAGAAGAAGAGAGUGAGAUAGAGCAACCAAAUGCUUGUAGUUUUGAAUUAGCGGUGAAUAAGAAAGUUAAGGGUCCAAAAUGGGCAGAAAAGUUCAACAAAAUGACAAAUUUUAAGGAUGUUAAACAUGUACAACAUGGUUCGUUGCCACGGUCAUUGACUUUGUUUAAUGCUUAUCAAUACUAUUGGCGAACCAAGGCCAUACGGGAAAUGCUGAUCAAGAAAGUAGUAACAGCAACAAGGUUUUUGUCUCUGGGAACAUGA